AACUUCAGCAGCACGCCCUUGCUUCCUCCCUUCACAACUCCUCCUUUCACAUCGCAAGUCGAUUCUCAACACAAUCAGGCUUCUACGUCCAUAGACCGUAAAGGCCGCUACGUGUACUAUCUCGAGCGUCUAGGGCUAGGAUUCGGGCUCGUCUUCAAGAGUGCAUAGCGUGGUCCGUCCCUCCAUUCUCCCCGCGCCACUCCAUUCUCCCCGCGCCACUCCAUUCACCCCACGCCACACAUUCUGCCCUCCUCCAUGGCCGUACCCACCGGUCCGCGUCGCACCCUUCCCCUCCUGUUACUCUUGCUCUUAUCGGCCCUCGCCUUACUGCUAGCGCACGCAACAACAGCCGCCGCAACAAAACGUGCCGGAGCCAGCGCCGUGAAAACCGGAGCCACGCCUGUGAUAUCGUCUGCGGUCGCCGCUAGUGCCGUUAAAGCGCUGCUUCUAUCAAACAAGUACAGCAAGGCGGCGCCGUAUCUGCAAAUUCUUGUCAACACGAUCAACACAGUCAACGCCACGGUCAACGCGCCCUACACCCUACUGGUCCCCUUAGAGGCGCUUGAUUACUGCACGACUAUUAAAAAGUACCCUUCGCAGCAGCUUCUGGCCCUGAUGGCCUAUCACAUAGUGAAGGGCCGAUACACCUACGCUAACAUGAAAGGCUUCAAGAACGGAAAGGCGUUGAGCACUAUAUCAGGGCGCGCUUUAACGAGAGUGACAAAGAAAUUCAUGCCUAUGCUGGUAGUGGUGGCAGGGCAGGCGAAUGACGAGGCAGUAGUGCUGGCAGGUGACGUGUACUCAACCAAGACUGUCACUGUUCACAUCAUCAGCAAAAUGCUGCAAAUUGGGAGCGUAUGAGAGAUUUUGGGAAGGAAUAUGCAGCAGUGGAGGGUUACGGUGUCAAUAUAUAUUUGUAUAUGUUUAUAGGCUAGAUAGGUGCAUGCUCAUAGAGGGUACAACCCCUGAGAACAAAACCACCCUGUAUCUCUCAUCCUAGCUCAUUACG